CUUCCCCUGCCCUGCCCUGCCUUCCCCUUUAUUCUGCCAGCUGGGCCAGCGAGACGUGCGGCUAUGGAGGUUGAAAGGCUAACGCGCGGUCCUCCGAACGAAAGCCAGGAGGUAGCGCGACUGAACGGGUGGCGCCGGCGGUUGAAACCCGUUUUAGAACCGUUAGCAGUCUGCUCCCUGGUUUUGCUGAUAUUGGCGGCCACGAUGCCGUUGGUGGGCGCCGCUGAGGCUGCCCAGAGCUUCGGCUACGGCGACGAGAAGUGCCACUACUACGCCGGGGGCGAGGUGUAUCCUGGCGAGGCAUCGCGGGUGCCCGUCAAAGACCACUCACUCCACCUCAGCAAGGCCAAGAUUUCUAAACCAGCACCUGACUGGGAGGGAACAGCUGUCAUCAAUGGAGAGUUUAAAGAACUGAAAUUAGCAGAUUUUGGAGGAAAAUAUGUUAUUUUCUUCUUUUAUCCUCUUGAUUUUACAUUUGUGUGUCCAACGGAAAUAAUAGCAUUUAGUGACAGAAUUGAAGAAUUCAGAGCAAUUGAUGCUGAAGUGGUAGCUUGCUCAGUAGAUUCACAGUUCACUCAUUUAGCAUGGAUAAAUACACCACGAAAACAAGGAGGACUUGGACCAGUGAAGAUACCUCUGCUUUCUGAUUUGACACACCAGAUUUCAAAAGACUAUGGUGUUUAUCUAGAGGACCAAGGACAUGCUCUUAGAGGUCUAUUUAUUAUUGAUGACAAGAAAAUUCUUCGACAAAUAACAAUGAAUGAUCUUCCUGUUGGCAGAUCAGUAGAUGAAACCCUUCGUCUAAUACAAGCAUUCCAGUAUACUGACAAACAUGGAGAAGUUUGUCCUGCUGGCUGGAAACCAGGCAGUGAAACAAUAAUUCCAGAUCCAGCGGGGAAAUUGAAGUAUUUUGGUAAAGUGAACUGACUGCUCUCUUCUAAACAGUUUACCUUUCAACUAAAAAUUAUAAAUAAAAUUCCAUUAAUUUUGUUAAUAA